CGAGGGCGGGCACGAAUGCUGCGGAGGGAAGACGGCAAGCCUUUGUUGCCGGAGCAACGGCCGGAGCAGGUCCCGGAAGCCGCCGAGCCUGCCGACGGUCUCGAAGUCCUCCCGUUUCUUGGGUGAAUUAGGGGCAGAUGUGAAAACUGAGGCGCAGAAAGGGGAACAAAGACCCAGAGACAUGUCCAAGAACUUCUUUCCUGGGGUCUUCUGACAUCUCUCCUCUCCGGGGCCAUGGCUGAGGUCCAUGUCAUUGGGCAGAUCGUUGGAGCAACAGGUUUUCCUGAGAGCAGCCUCUUCUGCAAAUGGGGUGUCCAUACGGGAGGAGCGUGGAAGUUGCUGUCAGGUGUUCGGGAGGGCCAGACACAAGUGGACACUCCCCAGCUGGGUGAAGUGGCCUAUUGGUCUCACCCAAUUGACCUGCAUUUUGCCACCAAAGGCCUCCAGGGCUGGCCUCGGCUUCACCUGCAAGUGUGGUCUCAGGAUGGCUUUGGGCGCUGCCAGUUGUCGGGGUAUGGCUUCUCCCAUAUCCCCAGCAGCCCCGGGGCCCACAGCCUGGACUGCGUGACCUGGCGCCCCUUGGGUGGCUGGAGAGAGCAGCUGGCCAGGGCCUUCGUGGGUGGCGGGCCCCAGCUGCUGAACAGCGAUGUCGUCUACAGUGGGGCUGACCGCUACCGGCUCCACACGGUGGCUGGAGGCACGGUGCACCUGGAGCUGGCCCUGAUCCUGAGAAACUUCUCCAGAUAUGGGGUUGAGUGCUGAGCACCUCGGCCAGCUCCCACUCCCCCCUUUCAUCCCCAGCUCUCUUCCUCCCCUCCCCUCCUCUUUUCUUUGUAUCCCCAGGCUCCUGCCUUCAGCAUUCAAUCAACAAACUCUAGUGAUGGGCUAUGGAAGCCUGGGGUGGGGGGGGGCGCGGGGAGGGCAAUAUCAGGCCAAAGCAGCAUGGCCCUGCCUUCCACCGCUCUGUGCAGAAGUACAUAAAGGGCUAAUACAAGACUCCUGGA